AGGAAGCAAACCCAAACAGCUAGUUGGAUGCGACUUUGCUGACAGCUAGUGUAGGUGAAGUGUGGAAUUAAAAUAUAAACACACUCAGUUAGUUAUCGUAACCUACAGUGGCUUCAAUCCCUUUUGCAAGUUUCAUCACGUUUAGCAAGGACUGCAUACUUCCUUGCUAUAUCAGAUUAAACGAAGCCGGCCUGGCCAGUUAACUAGUAGUACUGUACAGUAGGUACCUAGCUAAAUAUGUUAGCUAGCUCUAGAUCUGUCUGUCGGAUAGCUUACGCGUUAGUGACGACGUGAGUGAGUAGUCCGCAUUCCCGGACUGUAUUUUUUACUGUAGACUUGUCACUUUUGUAAUACACUCUGACUUUGAUUUGUGUCCUAGGUAGCGUAGCAUAUUAGAUUGCUUGUUCGGUUGUCCACCUAGUCACUUGUCAUGCUAUGUUUUUUAAUAAAAUGCUAACUGGUUAAUAAGCUGACGUUAGGUGGCUACUGUACAGUACUGUACUGCAGUACUGACAAGUUAGCGGCUUUAGUUUUGUACUUUCAUUUUUCUCAUGGGUGUUUUAAACAUUGGACUAGCUUCCUAGCUAGCUACUUUAUUCCGUGAAAUGGGAUUAAAUCACUUUAAAAUUUAACUAGCUGACUACUUGAAGAUUUCAAGUUAUUCUGGAGUGAAUCCAAACACCAAGAUUCCAGACUUUUUCAUCAAAGAUUUUCCCCCACACCUUCCCUGUUAAACCCCUCAUCUCUCCCCCUACUUGACCCUUCAUUAUGUUGGAGGGACUUGUUGCUUGGGUACUGAACACAUACCUAGGCAAAUAUGUCAGCAACCUAAAUACAGACCAGCUCUCCAUAGCCCUCCUCAAAGGAGCGGUGGAGCUUGAGAACCUCCCUUUAAGGAAAGAUGCCCUUCGAGAGUUUGAUCUUCCCUUUGAGGUCAAAGCAGGUUUCAUUGGGAAGAUCACUCUACAGAUCCCAUUCUACAGACCCCACAGUGACCCAUGGGUCAUCUCCAUGUCCCAGCUCAACCUCAUCGUUGGUCCAGCCCGGCCCCAAGAGUUCGAUGAAGCAAUGGAGAGGGAGGCUGAGCUUGAACGCAAGAAACAGCUGCUCAAGGCACUUGAGGACAAAUGGAAGAGCGAGUGUGAACAGAAAGGAGAAUCAUACUGGUACUCCAUCACUGCCUCCGUGGUAACCAGGAUUGUGGAGAACAUUGAGCUAAAGAUACAAGGUGUCCACUUGCGAUUUGAGGAUGAGCUGACCAACCCAGGGAAGCCAUUUUGCUUCGGAGUCUGCAUCAAUAAUGUGUCCGCACAGAACUCCUCCAUUCAACCAGCACAAAAGCUAAUGCGGCAAAAGCAACUAGAGAUUGAUGAUUUCAGCGUCUAUUGGGACACGGCAUCUAGCAUGCUGGGAGAUCUCCCCACCAACCAGAUCCAGGAGGCCAUGACCGAAUGCAUGCAGAGCCGAGAACACCAAUAUAUCUUUGAGCCUGUAUGUGCCUCCGUGCUGCUGAGGAGGAACGCCUCGAAGGAACCUCUGAGGUCACGCAACAUUCCCCGUAUUGAGGGUCAGGUUCAGCUGGAGCCUCUGUCCCUGCGGCUCUCACAGGUUCAGUACCAGCAAAUCAUGGCGUUCCUCAAAGAAUUGGACCGCCGGGAGAGAGAGAUGCUGUUCCGCCAGUGGAGACCCAAAGUUCCCGUCACCGGAAACUGCAGGCACUGGUGGAUGUUUGCCAUCCAAGCCAAUCUAAAUGAGAUCCGAGAGCAGAGGCGGAGGGGGAACUGGGAGUUUGCACUGCAGAGGGCGAAAGACGCGCAGCUUUACACAAACCUCUACUUCAGGAGGCUUAAAGGACUGCCCCUCGACCCUACCGAGGAGUAUGAGUUGGAGAGAGUGGAGAAUGUGCAAACUCUGGAGGAGCUGCAGGGCCUGAGGGGAGUUGUCCACGACUGGUUCCGCAAACAGGAGGAAAUUGCAGAGAGUGUCAGAGAACCGAUCGCUGAGACCCCACCCCCGUGCUCCCCCACCGGGAGGUCCAUCCCCAAGAGUGGGAGCUCUGGUAUGAUCCAGUACCUGCAGUCGUGGUUCCCUGGCUGGGGUGGCUGGUACGGAGCAUACCCCAAUACAGGCCAAGAUGAGCUGCUACAGGGCCCUGGAACCUGGGACAUCCUGGAAGAGGACCUGUUUGACCCCCUGGAGGACUCUCAAACACUCAACACGUUCACCAGGAGGGAUAACCUGUUUGCCCGGCUGGAGUUCCUGCUCGAGAAAGCUUCCGUCAAAUUGUUCCACCAAGAUAAGUUGGGAGCCGAGAGUGGCGUCAUUCAACUCGAGUUCUCAGGGGUGAAGGUGGGCGUGGAAUCUCUGCCCCGCUCUGAGUCCUCUCUGUUGUCUGUCAAGCUGGGGGGCCUAUUCCUCCGGGACCUCACCACCCAGGGCACUAUAUUCCCCGUCCUUGUCUCCCCCAAAACGGACAAGGUUGUGGUUGCCAUAAACCAGCCUUUUGGCCAGCCGAAUGGUGCUGAAACGAGCAGUUCAGCACCUAGCUUGGCACCCCCUGUGUUUGAGAUGAUAUAUGAGCGCAACCCGGUCAGAUGUAAAUUUGAAAGGAGACUGGAGGUGAACACUAGUCCCCUGAACAUCAUCUACAACCCUCAGGCAAUUAAGAAAGUCACUGAGUUCUUCUACAAAGGAAGAGUCCACACCUCAGGUUUUGGGUACCAGUCAGAGCUGGAGGUUAGAGUGGCAGAAGCUGCCAGGAGGCAAUACAACAAGCUGAAGAUGCAGACCAAGGCAGAGAUCAGGCAAACCCUUGACCAGCUUCUAGUGGGAGAGUUCAUUGAGAACAGUAAGCGCUGGACCAUGAAGCUGGACAUCUGUGCACCCCAGGUGAUCUUCCCAGAUGACUUCCAGUCAGAGGAUCCCAUGUUAGUUGUUGUUGACCUGGGACGGAUUCUUCUCACUAAUUCACAAGAUGACACUAAAACAAAGUCAAAGAACAUUCAGGAGGGUGGCGCAAAGGGGGAUGAGUGUAACAGUGAUGAAGAGUACCAGACUCCACUGGCCACACCCCCAAAUUCUCCACCCCCUGAAAUGGAGACCGAGUUCAAAGACCAGAACAAGAGCUCCCAGCUUGCAAGCCUUAAAUCCCUGGAAGGCGCCCAGGCCUUCAGCAGAAACCUCUACGAGAAGUACUCGCUCUCCUUCAAAGACCUGCAGAUCAUGGUGGGCCACUACAAAGACAACUGGAAGCACCUGCAGGAAAGCGAGGUGGGGCCCACCCAUGUGGUGGAGAAGUUCAACGUGCUACUGGAGCUGGAACAGAGGCUGCGCUACACCUCUGACCCACAGCUCCCUGGGGCCGUUCUUUCCGGGACCCUGCCGGACCUGAAAGUCCAUAUCAACCUGGAGAAGAUGACUGCCCUCAGGAGUUGCCUGGCCCGGCUGGGCAGUCCUUCCGAGGGGCAGAAGGGUCAGGAGAAAACGGAGAGCGCCAAGACGCCUGACCCCUCCAACCUCCGCCAUGAGAAGAUAUUCCAGCGGGAGGACAACCAGUCGAAGUUCCAGGGCUCGGCCAAGAACCUAACCCAGAGCGUGAUGACUCUGGAGCAGCACACAAGAGAGGUCCUGGUAGAGUCCCGCCUCCUCCUGGCCGAGUUUAACAUCAACUAUAUGCAGCUGGGCGUAGAGAGCAAUGGACGCUAUAUCUCAGUCCUUAAGGUUUUCGGAACAAACGCCCACUUUGUGAAGAGGCCUUAUGACGCAGAGGUGUCCCUCACAGUCCAUGGCCUCCUGCUGGUGGACACACUGCAGACCUAUGGCUCCGACUUUGACCUACUAGUCGCCUCCCACAAGCACCUGAGCUUUGAUGUGCCUACAGGCAGUCUCCGAGAGAGCCAGCCAUCCUCCCCUGCCGGGCCCGAAGUGCCUGGACACCCUCCGCUUCAGCGAGACUGUUCCUCUGGCCUACUCUUCGACAGAUCUUCCCCGUUCAGUUCAUUCCUUAGAGACCAGGAGGCCCUUAUCAAACUGGAGUACCAGUUUGUCAGUUCUGACUGCCCCUCCAUGAACCUGGAUAGCUCCCUCCAGGUAACCACCAUGCAGGUCAACAACCUUGACAUCAUCCUUAACCCAGAGACAAUGGUGGAGCUGCUAAAGUUCCUCCAGAAGUCUUUCCCCAAGGAGGAGAACCCCAUUCCCCAACAGCCAUCUCCGCUUUCAGCAAGCUUUGGCCAGGAGGGCCUUGAAGAGGCCUACCAAGCUACUUAUGACCAAAAUAAGGAGCUGACGGUGGAGAUCCACCGACUCAACCUGCUGCUGCUCAGGACCGUGGCCACAGGCACAGUUCUUGGUGGUGAAAAGAAGGGCAUAAAGAUUGCAACUGCCAGCAUCAACGAUACCAAAGUCAACGUGUCCAUGGGCAGCCGGCUGGAUGUCAAUGGCUCUCUUGGUUCAAUGCAGCUGGUGGACCUGACCCAGGAGGGUGGCAGGAGCCAGUUUGUGGUCAGCAUCGGCAACGUGGAGGAAGACCCCUCUGCAGCCGGAGGUGUAGCCUUUUUCUGUGGCACUGAAGGAAACCCCUCAGAGGCGUUGAACUUCCGACUUCUGGAGCGUUCCCAAGGGGAGUGCUCAUUGACACUACAGAUGGCAUCGCUCCACUACAACCACUCAGCCAAGUUUCUGAAGGAGCUGAGCCUCUCGGCCAAUGAGGUGGAGGAUAACUUCCGCUCCAUGAUCAGAACAGCCGCCACCAAAGUGUCCACGGUACUGGCCACUAAGACAGCAGAAUACAGUGGCAUGGUGUCCCUGUUUGAAACACCGUCGCGACGCUCCCGGAACCCGAGCCAAGGACACUGGACCAACUACCAGUUUGAGGACGUGGCGGAUCUGAGCGUGCAAGAGGAAGAACCCACCAUAGACUCCUUUAUGGUCAAGCUGAUCCUGAAUGUCAGUAUUGAGUCACCCGUCGUGUCCAUUCCCCGUAAACCCGGACAUCCAGAGCUCCUUGUGGGUCACCUGGGGAGCAUCACCAUCCAGAACUUUGUUGCCGGUCAGGACUCUGAAAGGGAGAGGCUACAGGUGCUUGUGAAGGAUAUUCGUCUGUACUCUCUCAAUACCAGUCACCUUGUCUUGCGGAAAGUACCUAGAACAGAAAGCACCUCCUCUAACCAAUCACCUUCCCACAAUGGAAGUUUGAAUCAGGACGAGCCACAGUUUACCCGCCAUGACUUCUUUGAAUACCUGAGUCAGGGAAAAGCCUUCCAUAUUCUGAAAGACACCACUAUUCAGUUCACCCUGGAGAAAGUUCCUCCCAUUGAGGACACUCAGUUCAACUUUCUGACCACGGAUGAGCCCUUUACCAGUACAGGGUUACUUCGGGUGGAGGGCAAGUUUGUCAAUGCUGUCCAGGUCUUCCUGGCCAAGCCUGUUUAUGAGCAGGUUUUGCAGACACUGGAAAACCUUACCCUAAGUGAGCCCCAGAAAGUGUCUCCCAGCCAGCCUCCCACCCCACCUCCCCCCACACCCUCCUCCACUAAACCCCACCGAUUCCCAGACCCGCAGGGUGGGCUCUUUGCCCGGGACCCCCCGCUUGUUGGCCUCUCCUACGCCUCCUUGUCCAAUUCGCUGUCGUCCCCUAAGCCCCUGCAGUCCCAUAGCCCCCUGAUGCAGCCACCCUCCUUCACACAGUUAAAGGCCACAUUCAGGGUGGCGGAGCUCCAGGUGCAGCUGAGUGCGGACCUCAGCCAGGGCUCCCAGGGGCUGGUCAGCUUGCGCUUCCAGGACCUGGAGGGUGACUUCAGCAAAGACCACCCCCACUGCCUUUCUGUCCAGCUCACACUGCGCUCGCUGCUCAUGGAGGACCUCCUGGAGCAAAACCCAGAUUCCAAGUACAAGCAUCUCAUGGUGUCCCGGGGCGCUCCCAAGCCCUCCACCUUCAGCCCCAAGGAGUACCUGUCCCAGUCAUGCCCGUCCGCAUCUAACGCCCUCUACCCUGAGAUGCCACGCUCGUUGCCAGCCCACAUGGAGGAGGCCCAGAAUGUCUUCCAGCUGUACCAGAGGCACCCGACCACCCCGUCCUCUGCCAACCGCAAGAGCGGGCCCAAAAAGGACCCUGCCUGCCCCAGUACGCCCCCGCCCUCCCCCACCCGCCACACUCCUUUGCCCCACCCGCCCGUGUCGGACUUUGAUGAAUCUUUAGUUCACAUCAACUUGCUGCUAGUGGACCCGUGCCACCCAGAGUUUCAGAGCCGCUACGGUGGUGUGGGGCGGAGCAUAGAUGUGGACUUCAACUGUCUGGACGUGCUGAUCACACUGCAGACCUGGGUCGUCAUCCUGGACUUCUUCGGUAUUGGCUCUACAGCCAACAACCACGCAGUCAAAGUGCCCUUGGCUUCCCCUCAGCAGCCCAUGCCAGGUCAUCCUCUAUUCCAGCCAGGGAACCCACAGGAUCUACAGGAUAUUUACCCAGAUAUCUGCGAGGAGGACCUGUCUGAGGUGGUCAACACCAAGGUGGAUCUCAAGGUCCAUGCUCUAGCUCUUGUGCUGAACAAGAAAACCAAUGAGCUUGCUAAAGCUAGUGUUUCCAAACUGUCUGCCCACUGGGAAAUGUUUGAUGGUGACCUGGCAUUGCAGGGGAGUCUGGGAAGUCUGUCUCUAAGCGACCUGACUCCACACGGUGACCUCUACAGGGAACGUUUCACAACACGAGGCGGAGAGGCUCUUGUCUUUAACAUACACAAAUAUGGGGAGCUUGACCCCUGGCUGGUGCGGGAGUAUGACAUGAAGGUGUCUCUGCAGAUGGCUUCAGUGCAGUACGUCCACACGCAGCGCUUCCAGGCUGAGGUGGUGGCCUUUAUCCAACACUUCACCCAGCUGCAGGACGUCCUGGGCAGGCAGAGGGCCGCAAUGGAGGGUCAAGCCGUGCGUGAGCGGCCCCAGCGGUCGGCCCGUGUGCUGCUGGACAUCGAGGCGGGGGCCCCAGUCCUGCUCAUUCCAGAGAGCUCGCGCUCGCCGCGCCUCAUUGUUGCCAACCUGGGCCAGCUACGUGUCCGCAACUGCUUCCUGCCAGCCGGCACCCAUGGUACCUUCUCACUCCGAGACAAGGUAGAGAAACUCACCAUGGCACAUACCUUUUUCCCCUCUCUGAAUUUGAUAUUGCAUGCUAAUUCGUACAAGGACCCUUCACACUACAAGGAUCGCGUGAAGGAGAGCCAAUCACAAACUAAACCAACAAGGACAAAUAAGGAGGAUGAUGAGAGUGAGAAGCCCAAAGCCUCAUCCAGCACCCCAUCUGCCACCCCCUCUGCCACCUCCUCUUCUGGUUUCUCCCUGGGAAGGCCCCAGGCAUCAGCUGGAAGGUUCCCUGGUGAGGAUGACCCGUUCCUCAGCCUGGAGGACCAUGUGUGUCUGUUGGACUGCAUAGCCCUGGACCUUCAGGAGAUGGACAUCUUUGCCGCUGAGCGUCUGCCCCCCCAGCCGUGGGACAAUGCCGCAGGGAAGCAGGCCGACUCAGACCUGGUCUUCCCCUCAUACUCAGUCCGCCGAACCGCUGCGUCCCUGCUCAAGGAGCGCUGCCGCCUCAAACUCAAAGUGGAGCGCAACCUGGACAGUGCUCUGAGCCAUGCAGUGCCAGACAUGACCAUUCACGGCAGCCUGUCCUCGGUGCACUGUUCUCUGGAUCUGGAGCGCUACCAGCUGAUCCGAGGCCUGCUAGACAACAACCUAGGAGAGCCUAUUGAGGAGUUCCUCCGCCCGUACAACCUACAGGACCCCAGCAACUAUACGGUAUUAAGUGGUGAUGUUUACACUAGCCUGUCCGUCCUUCUGGACAUGAUGAACGUCAGUUUGGAGUUGUUGGACAGCCCCAAGGUGACUGGUCAGAUGCCGUGCUCACUAGCUAGGUUUGAUUUCAUGAAGUCCAAGCUGUUGUUUGAGAGCUUCUCCAAUGGCUCCAAGUCUGUGAAUUUGGUGUCACACUCCCUGUUUGCGUAUGACACCCGUUACACCGGGCCUGGAGUGAACACGGGCAUCGGUGCCAGGGGCAAACACAACGUGUUCGACUGCAUCCUACAACCCUCCAAGACGGGCACCAACCGGGCCACCCUCCAGCUGGAGCUGCAUUACAGGUCCACCAGGGACUCCUCCUGUUUCACUGUUGUCCUCAACAACCUGCGUGUAUUUCUCAUCUUUGAUUGGCUGCAGCUGGUCAGGGACUUCCUACGCAUGCCCGCCGAGAAGGGGGCUGCUGACGCGCCGCGCCAGCGCUGGCCCAGCGGUAACAGUGACCCGGGCGCCACCGGGCCUGUCAUGCCGAAGACAGUCAAGAGCGGCGUGGUCACCAAGAGGUCCACUGUGCCGGUCCUGCAGGAUCGCUACCUGGAGGUCAAGAUCAACGUGACUGGCACUGAAUUUGUGGUGGUGGAGGAUUCGUCUUGUCUGGACACCAAUGCCAUCAUUCUGAAGGGCACCACUGUACUCACAUACAAACCUCGUCUUCUGGAUAGACCUUUCUCUGGGAGCCUGGCCGGCAUAGAGGUGUUCUCUUGUCGGCUGGGCAGUGAGCAGGAGACGGCCCUGUCCAUCAUCGACCCAGUCAACGUGCAGGUGGAGCUGUGUGGCAGUCCCACCUACCAGAGCAGCUCUGGCCUUCUGGAUGCCUUCAACGUGGCAGACUUCCCGCCGCUACUGGAGAUCCAGUUCCCUGCUUUGGACAUCCGUCUUUCUUACAAUGACGUUCAGCUUUUCCUGGCAAUUGCAAAGUCCAUCCCCACCGCCAGCCCUCCCAAGCCCGGUGACAGCGCUGACGGCACCCUGGCCCUGGUAGUACCGUCCGCGGCCAACCCCGACACCUCCGCCUCCCAGAAAGACAACUUCAGGCACAAGACAGAGGCCCUGCUCGAGGGCCAGCUGACUAGGUUACAGGAUCUGGGCUUCAGGAAGGAGGACUGCAAAAGCGCCCUGAUCCACUGCAAAGGCCAGUUGGAUCAGGCUGCCACGUGGCUGCUGGAGAAUGCAGAGACCAUGGUGGGUCAGGCCUGGGGGAGCUCAGACCGGGCCAGCCACUCAUCCCAGCCCCUGUCCGGGGUGGAGGUCAAGGCCGAGAGCGUGUGCAUCUGUUUCAUCGACGACUGUCUGGACUGUGACGUCCCGCUGGCCGAGUUCACCUUCUCACGCCUCUAUGUGCUGCAGCGGAUCGGCUCAACCCAAGAGGGCAACGGCAGCUUCACUUUGUCAGGGGACUACUAUAACAGAGAACUGUCAGGCUGGGAGCCCUUCAUUGAGCCCUGGCCCUGUUUUCUGACCUGGCAGCAGCAGGCUGCGGGACGCCUCCACCCACCGCGCCUCAAGAUGGCCGUCCGUGCCAAGCAGAGGCUGGACGUCAACAUCACCUCCGUCCUCCUGGAGCAGUACAGCCUGACCAAGAGCUCCUGGCUGGCUGACUACUGCAAGGAGGAGGAGGAGCAACCUCCCCAGGCCUCAGCAGCCCUCUCCUGGAUGGGCUCCUCGGUGGACCCCCCCUGCUUCGGACAGAGUGUCCCUCUUGCCUACCUUAGAACUAGGAGCACAGCCAGCUUGACUUGCCUUGAGCAGCAGAUUCACUCCAGAGCCGACGUGAAGCUGUCCAAGCGGAGGCAGCCGUUCGUACCCUACGCCCUGCGCAAUCACACAGGGUGCACCAUGUGGUUCGCCACACUCACCACCACGCCCACGAGGGUGGCGCUGUCUCACAGUGGUAGUGCGGACUGCAUAUCCCACGUACACGGGCCGGGAACAGACGACACCCACAACAUCAGCCAGUGGCGAGAGGUGCUGCCCGGAGAGGAGAUUCCCUUUGAGUUUGAAGCUCGAGAGAAGCUCAGGCACCGACACACUCAUGAGCUAAAGCUGCAUCAGCUGUUGGUGCGGGUGGGGGGCUGGGAGCAAGUCAAUCCCGUUUCCGUGGACAAAGUGGGCGUGUUCUUCCGUUACGCCGCUCCCGACCGCAAUAACCCUUCUAACACGGUGGGCAGCCCCAUCAGUAGGACCAACAUCAUACACCCUCAUGUCUAUUUCUCAGCUCUACCUCCGGUGCGCGUAGUCUUCUCCAUCACCAUGGAAGGUGGUGCCCGGAAAGUGAUCACGGUGCGCUCCGCCCUCAUGGUUAAGAACCGCCUGGAAGUCCCCAUGGAGGUGCGGCUGGACAGCCCCUCUGCUCCAGACAAGCCUGUGGUGCUGCCGCCAAUCCUGCCUGGUGAAGCCCUGGCAGUGCCCCUCCAUCUGACCUCAUGGAGGCUACAGGCACGGCCCAAAGGCCUGGGCCUGUUCUUCUGCAAGAUGCCCAUCCACUGGACCAGCGUGGAGAGGCCUGGGGAGGUCAGCAGCAGCAAGAGGGAGUGCCAGUCGGCGGACUUCGAGGACCACCUCAAACGGAGCUUCAGGUUCUGCGUGGUGAUCAAGAAGGAGAACUACCCGGACCAGCAGCCCGCCAAGACGGUGUCGGGUUCGGGCGGCGCUAAGCAGAUCUACCGGCAGCCGGGUCACACCAUCUACCUGCUGCCCACCCUGGUGCUGGCCAACCUGCUGCCAUGCGACCUCAACUACUACAUCAAGGGCACAUCCGUCAAGGGCUCCCUGAAGCCGGGCAAGGAGGCCGUGCUUCAUGCUGCAGACACCUCCCAGAACAUAGAGCUAGGGCUGCUCCUGGAGAACUUCCCGGUGUGUAAGGAGCUGCUGAUCCCCCCUGGUACCCAGAACUACGUGGUUCGCAUGCGGCUGUAUGACGCCAACAAGCGCCUGCUCUGUCUAACCAUCCGCAUCGUCCUCCGGGCACAGGGGGCCCUCAAGAUCCUCAUCUCAGCACCAUACUGGCUCAUCAACAAGACCGGUCUGCCGCUGAUCUUUCGCCAGGACAACGGCAAGACGGACGCCGCCGGUCAGUUUGAGGAACACGAGCUAGCCAGGAGCCUCAGCCCGCUGCUGUUCUGUUACACGGACAAGGAGCAGCCAGCCAUGUGCACCAUGCGGAUUGGGAGGGGCAUCCAUCCGGACGGAGUUCCCGGUUGGUGCCAGGGUUUUUCCCUGGAUGGUGGGAGCGGAGUAAGGGCAGUGAAGGUGAUCCAGCAGGGUAACAGACCCGGUCUUAUCUACAAUAUAGGCAUCAAUGUUCGAAAAGGCAAGGGCCGCUACAUAGACACCCACAUCGUGACCUUUGCCCCUCGGUACCUACUGGACAACCGGUCCACUUACAAACUGGCCUUUUCCCAGAGGGAGUUUGCCAGGGGCAAGGGCACGGCAAACCCAGAGGGCUAUAUCUCCACGCUGCCGGGAUCCAGCGUCGUUUUCCACUGGCCCCGGAACGACUACGACCAGCUGUUAUGUGUGCGCCUCAUGGACGUGCAGAACUGCACUUGGUCAGGGGGCUUCGAGGUCAACAAGCUCAAGUCAUUCCAUGUCAACAUGAGAGACACACUGGGAAACUGUUUCUUUCUGCGAGCUGAGAUCACAUUGAAGGGAGCCACCUAUCAGAUCUGCUUCAGCAACACUGACCAGCUGCCUCCGCCGUUCCGCAUCGACAACAUCUCAGAGGUGCCCAUCCAGUUCUGGCAACACGGGGUGGCAGACAUCCGGCUCCACACAGAGGUGAAAGCGGGCUCAGUGCUAGACUUUGCCUGUGAUGAGCCCACCCUACCCCCCUACCUCACCCUUAUUGUGAAGGGGGCCGGUUCAUCCGAGGUCACAGCCGACAUGAACUGCUUCCGGGAGUACAACAAGCUAUACUACGAGAACUUCAUCUACAUCGCUGCGACGUACACCUUUUCACAAGAGGCAGGGAAGAGGCCGGUGGGGAAGAAACGGGUGGUUGCCGGUGCUGAGCUGGUGUUGGAUGUGGAGCCCAAGACCCAGAGAGUCAUCCUCAAGAAAAAAGAGCCCGGGAAGCGUUCCCAGCUGUGGCGAAUGACUGGUACAGGAAUGCUGUGUCAUGAAGGCUCCUCCCCUCCACAGAGCAAGCCAGCCCAGCCACGCCCUCUGGACUCCUCCCUGGUUCUGGACAUCGCUGGGCUGGCGGCAGUCACAGACAAUAGUUAUGAGCCCUUAAUGCUGCGGAGGCCAGACCCACGCCGCAGCACAACGCAGACAUGGCACUUCUCCUCAGGCAUGCUGACCUGCGGCCUGCCCCGCUUGGUGGUACAGGCGAAUGGUGGUGUGGAAGGGCUGUUUGACGGGGCUGAGGUGGUUCUUGGGCCAGAUGCCGGCCUGCAAGAGCUGGGCCCAGAGCAGCAGUUCAUUAACCAAAAGAUGAGGCCUGGCUCUGGGGUGCUGUCUGUCCAGGUCCUGCCAGACGGACCCACGCGAGUACUUCAGAUCAGCGACUUCAACCAGCGACGAAUGAACCGGAUGUCCCCAAGCACAGAGGAGGACCAGAACAAAGAUGUCCUUGAGAAGAAGGAGCAAGAGCAGGAACUGGAGGUGUUGUUGAACUUGGAGGAAGGCGUGGGUCUAUCCCUGGUUAACAAGUUGCCGGAGGAGCUGGUUUUCACUACGUUGUCGGGCAUUGACGUCCACUUCACGCGCACCGCUGCCAGCGAGGUGCUAGAGCUGAGCAUCCAGAACAUCCAGGUGGAUAACCAGCUCCUAGGCACCACUCAGCCAGUGAUGCUGUGUGUGACCCCAGGCUCCAGUGGGGAGAGUGUGGACUUUGGCCCCGCCCUGCAGGUCAACUCUGUUAAAGUCCCCAGCAACCUCAUGCUCACCGAUCUCUUCAAGCAUCUCAUGGUGACAGCGAGGCGCUUCACCGUCAUCAUCGAGGAAAAACUUUUGCUGAAGCUGCUAAGCUUCUUUGGUUAUGGCCACACGGAGGCAGGUGGGUGGUGGCCUACGCUGGUCCAGCCUUCUAAGACACUGACUCCGGUGCACAUGCACUGCUGCAGCAUGGAACUCGAAAAGUUAGAUGAAAGUCUGUAUGAGAAGCCCAGUGAGGACCAGGGUGCACCCAAGCGCUACUACUUUGAGAACUUGAAGAUUAGCCUCCCUCAGGUCAAACUGAGUGUGUUCACAUCCCACAAGCUCCCGCCAGACCUCAAGGCCCUCAAGGGCACCCUGGGGAUCCCGCUGAUCCGGUUUGAGGAUGCUGUGAUCAACAUGUACCCCUUCACCCGGGUCCACCCGUACGAGACUCAGGAGAUUAUCAUCAAUGACAUCCUGAAGCACUUCAGAGAGGAGCUGAUCAGCCAGGCGGCUCAAAUCCUUGGCUCAGUGGACUUUCUGGGUAACCCGAUGGGACUGCUAAAUGACGUCUCCGAGGGCGUGUCCGAACUCAUCAAGUACGGCAACGUGGGCGGGCUGAUCCGGAACGUCACCCAUGGCGUGUCCAACUCCGCCGCCAAGUUUGCAGGAACUUUGUCCGACGGGUUGGGCAAGACCAUGGACAACCGACAUCAGAAUGAACGAGAGUACAUACGUUAUCAUGGUGCCACCAGUGGAGAGCAUCUGGUGGCAGGGAUUCAUGGACUGGCUCAUGGUAUCAUCGGGGGAUUGACCAGCGUCAUCACAUCCACGGUGGAGGGGGUGAAGACUGAGGGAGGGGUCAGUGGCUUCUUUUCUGGCCUGGGUAAAGGAUUGGUCGGUACUGUUACCAAGCCAGUGGCCGGAGCGUUGGACUUCGCCUCAGAGACGGCCCAGACGGUCAGAGACAUGGCCAGUCUCAGUAACCACAGGUUGAGCGUGUUGCGGGUCAGGAAGCCGCGCUGCUGUAAAGGACCCCAGGGUCUGCUGGCCCGCUACAACUCCACGCAGGCAGACGGACAGGAGCAGCUCUUCCACCUCACCGACAACAUCCACUCUGAGUUCUUCAUUGCUGUGGAGCCUAUAGACACUUACUGCGUGCUGAUAUCUUCCAAAGUGGUCUACUUCCUCAAACCCGGUGAAUUUGUGGACCGCGAGGCCAUCUUCCUGGAGGUCAAGUAUGAUGACCUGUACCACUGCCUAGUCUCAAAGGACCACGGGAAGGUGUAUGUGCAGCUCACCAAGAAGGCAGAGAGCACCAGUAGUGGUGUGGCCAUGCCAGGCCCCUCACACCAGAAGCCCAUGGUUCAUGUGAAGAGUGAGAAUCUUGCUGUGAAAAUCUCUCAAGAAAUCAACUAUGCCAAGAGCCUUUACUAUGAGCAGCAGCUGAUGUUGCCACCCAAUGACACUGAAGACUGCAUACUAUUGGACACAUAAUUGUUCCCGGGAGGUGGCGAACGCAUGUCCUUCCAGGUAGUGUUUAAUGUGUUGUGAUAGCAUCUGAAGAUAAAAUCCACAAUCACUAGGGAAUAUGUCCUGUCUGAGGACGGCACGCCGAAUCAUGAUUCUGGUGGGCCACAGCCUGCUAGUUUCUACCUCACUGAUUAAGUAGCCUAAUGCAAAGGGAAUGGGAUAAUUGAAAUAACUUCUAAAUGGGUGUCUAGGUUUCACUUCUGGACAUUGCUUUGGGUAAAGAGAAGCCCAUCUCCGCUCAGGAUCAGCAAGCGCUGCACUUCGUUUAGUAGCGAGUGCAGCAUAGUUUAGACAUAGAGGGUCCGACGUCCCAAGAAACUAACAAUUUAAAUGAUAAACAAAAUAUGCAAACAGGUGUUUUAUGGACUGCUGUAUAUUUCGAACACCAUACGAUAACACAGAUUCUUUAUUUUACAAAGAUGUUUAUAUGAUAUGACUGGUAUAUGUCAGUAGAUGUGACUCACAAGAGUAGUGUUCUAUGUUUGUGAAUAGGCACCUAGCUGUGUAAAUAGUUACAUAUCAGGAUAACACUAUAGUGAUGUAAAUACCCAAGGCGGAGAAACAUUAUAAUAGUUAUGGAGGUUGACAUGAAGUGAGAUGUACAAAACUGCCUUUCAGAUGUCUUUAUUUUGUAUAUAAAAGUAUUCUGGGGUUGAAUGAAUUGCACUGACACUUAGUUGGGGACUCUGGCUGCACUGGGCCUCCAUUUUGUCACACCCUCCACAUAGGGAAGGAUGUCAGGGAGCUGUCAUUCAAGUCUCAAGCAUUUUACCGUCAUGGGCCUCUGGUUUUGUUCACUGUUUUAUGAAAUAAUAGCUCUUUUUUUACCAGUGUCUAUUUUAAUGAUUUUUUUUCUGAAAGCACUAGGUGUUUUGGAAUGUAUUCCUGAAACAUAGUUUCCAUGUACUGUGAUCAUAUCAGAGGCCUGACUUCCAAUGCUUGUUAAAGGUGGAGGUCUUGUGCUUUAACCUGUGGAGGAGGAAGUAGAGUAAAGUGAUGACAUUGCUUAUAAUAAAGUACCACAACUGCAGUACUCAA